CCUCCUCAGUCCAUCCAUCUCUCUCUCUGGCCGUGUAGGCAGGCACAGACUGUUCUAAUGUUAGUCCCGCUUACUGAUGUGACCCACGCUCAUACACACUCUGGACUUUACAAGCUGUGAACAACUGCCAGAUCCUCUUGUUUCUUUCAUUCUCUGUUGUUUCGCUCAAUCUGUCUUGAGAGCUUGAGAGGAGUAAUCAUGAGGAACCAUAGAUGAGGACUACUGGAAGCAAUUCCAGGUGAAUUUAACCAAUUUCCUGGUGCAUUCAUCAUAAUGGAGAAGGAAGCCAUUCAUUUGGCCUAGACCAGUGGAUGCCCCUCUAAAGGUUUGCUCAGGAACUGUUACAACAGGGUUUGGUGGACAAUGCAGACCAGAUUGAACAUUAUAAGUAAGAUCCUCAACUUAUUACGGCAUCCUCAACCUUCUCAACUCUCACAGUUUCCUAACGCUCUCCAUUUUCUUGUAGUUUCCUCAGGUCUCUUCGUGACUCUUCUGAGCCUUUGUGGAACAUCUACAAGUUGUCCAUCAGGCUGUUCCUGCAAUGUGAACCACACAGACUGCAGUGACCUUAACCAACUGGAAUCCUUGAACUCCAUCCUGGACCAGCUUCCUUUUGACACAAGCUACCUCAACCUCUCAAAUAACAACUUCACCACAGUAGAACCUGGGAGUUUUUCCAAUUUUAGUGGCCUGCUACAUCUAGACCUCUCCAGAAACCUUCUCUCCAGCAUCAACCCUGGGUGUUUUUCCAAUCUCAGCAGACUGCUUCAUCUAGACCUCUCCAGAAACCUUCUCUACAGCGUUUUCCCUUCAAGCUUCUCCCACUUGAAUAACCUGGAGGUCCUGGAUCUCUCUGAAAACCUCCUUGUGAGGCUCCCCGUUAACUUGUUCUCUGACCUCGGCAGCCUAACAGAACUGGCUCUAAGAGACAACAGACUUAAGGAACUGAAUCCAGAUCAGUUUAAAGGCCUGACUGUGCUUAGGCGUCUAGAUCUUUCCUUGAACAGUCUCAGCUCCGUGCCCACACACCUAUUGGAUGGGCUCCAGAACCUAGUGUGGCUCUCGCUUACGGGUAACAGGCUGAGAACUCUGCAGCAGACUUCACUUGAGCCAGCAAAUGCUCUACAGCACCUUCUGCUCGAGGGAAACCCAUGGAAUUGCAACUGCAAUUUAAUUCCACUCAAGCAUUGGCUGGAAUGGAUUAUAUAUACAGGUGGCAAUGUAGACUCUGCCAACUGCUCCUUUCCUGCUAAUUUGCAUGGUAAGGAUCUUCGCAGUAUCCCUAUGGAGAUGUUUAGACACUGUUACCCCCUCUAUCUCGAGACCAGGAGCCCAUCAGCUGCUGAGGGCCACCAGGUACCAGCCGGGUCGGCCGGAGACUGCAUGCGCCAGCGCUACCGGUCUGUGAGUGUGCGUCGAGCGACUGCCACGGUAGUGGUAGCUGGGGUGGUGUGUGGCGUGGUGUGUGUGAUGAUGGUGGUAACAGCCACCUACGGCUGCAUCUACGCAAUUCUGAUGGCUCACGAACAGCAGCAGCUGACAGAGAGAAACAGCCAGCAGCAACAGCCGCUGAUGGUGGCUAAGGAACCAGAGCAGGAUGAAAAGGAGGAUCUGAUGCCAACUAUCGGAAAAGGAGCAGAAGCCACAGAGUGUGUAGGGUGGAUGGCAUUUCCUCCAGAAGUGUGUGUUUAAAGCACAUGAGGAACCUACUGGAAGCUACAGUUUAUCAUUGAUGUACAUAUAUUUAUAAAUGUAUGUUUGGGAGCGAGAGUUGGAGAGCAAAUGACCCAGUGUAGGUCAGGAGCAAUUACAGCUCAUGCAAACUGGUUCAAAAAGACAAAUAUAAUAAACUACUAGCUGUUAAGUAGAUUUAAGGAACAUAAAAAGAAAAUAUUGAAUAUGAUUUCAUGUAAACUUCUAUAUUUUCCUAUGAAUUCUCCUAACAAACCAACUCUCUGUGUUUGAUUUCUUAUAGUUGCAAUCAAUCAGUUGUUAAUUAGCAUAUUAAAUAGUAUACUUUUCUAAAAUUGAGAAACAGAAUAAUAUUUUAAAUGUAUAUGUAUGUUCAAUAUUUAAGUAACGUAUGUCUACAUUAGGGAUGCGCCAAUAUUCUGGUCGAUAUAAAUAAGU